UUGAUUAUUUAUUAAAAAUAUUAUUAUUUUUAUUUAUUUUAUUUAUGAAAGUAUUGUUAUGAAAAUAAAGACAAAAGGUUCUGAGUAAACUAUAUGGAAUUUUGCAUCUAAUCAGCGAAAAAAAAAAACAAUAAAUUGCGUGACUUUGGAGGUACGUGUCCAGGAUGUGAGUGCAUGAGAAAAUUCCCAAGAUUAAAAAUGGAAGGAGGUGGUGUAUUAACUGCUGAACGUAGUCCAGCACGUGCAAAUUUACAUGUUGCAUUUACUGAAAAAGGUGAAGUUAAAGAAAAACGUGAAAAAUUUUUAACAGCUAAAUAUGGAUCACAUCAAAUGUCAUUAAUAAGAAAAAGACUUGCUGUUGAAAUGUGGCUAUUUGAUGAGUUACAAAAACUUUAUGAUUCAGCUAAUGAUAAUGGAAAAAAUCGUGAAGUUGAUGUUGAUAUUGAUAAAUUAUUAGACAUGGAUACUGAUGAUCAUAGACGAGCUCAUCUUCAGGAGCUUUUGGUAGAUGCUAAAAAGCCUCAUGAUGUCAAGAAAUUUAUCAAUGAUUUAUUGGAAAAGGCAAAGACACUUUGAAGUGUAAGUAUUUGCCAUUGGCUCAAUGUACUGAUAAUGAUUACAUCGCAUUAUUUUGCUCAUACAUAAAAUAUGCUUGUGGUUUUUAUCACACUACGUAUAAUUAAUAAUAAUAAUAAUAAAAUUAUGAAUAAUAAAUACACCGUUUGAAAUUAAAAACGAUAUUAAUCCGUGGGUUAGUUUUUUUUUUAAUUUUGUUUUUUGAUUACUUGUUUUUUUUAAUUUUAUGAAACUUGAUGAAUGUGUCAAGUAAUAAAUGCUCAGAGUCAAAUUACAAUGACUGAAAUAAAAAAAUUAAUACAAAAAUAAUACAGAAAUAAUAUUUUUAAUAGUAUUUUCAAAAAAAAAAAAUUAUUUUUUAUUUAAAUAACACGUAGAUUUUUGAUGUUUAAUGAUAGUUUUCAAAAUAAAAUCAAAGAAAAAAAAAAAAGUUAGUUGGGAUCAUAAAAAACCUGGUACUUUAAUGCAGUUAAAAUAAUUUAUGAAAAAAAAAAAUAUUAAAUGUAUAAAAGUGCCAAAGAUAUGUUCUACAUUUUAAAAGGAAAAAAAAAAAAAUAUUUGUAGUUUUGUCUAGUGUCUUUGAAUAAUUAAUAUUAAAUUAAAUUUAUGUCUGAAAAAAAAAUAAUAAUAAAA